AUGCCGCCUCCCAAUUGUCUCCUCCAUGUCGAGGACACCUUUGGACCCGUCGUCAAGGGAUGCGGGUCCAAUUUUGACUUCACUUUGUUGUUUGAAGAGACGAUUCUUUGUAUUCUUCCUCUUUGUGUCGCUAUUUGUCUUGCUGUCUUUCGAAUUACGCGACUUUGGACAAAACCGGUGAUAUUCAAGGGUUGUUUCAUAUUGCCGCUGAAGUUGAUCGCAUGGACACUGGUCCUAGGAUCGCAAACGAGUACAGUCGCGCUUUUCUCGAUCCGUGAUGAAACACGAACCAGAGCCAGUAUCGCCGCGGGAAGUAUUGGUAUACUCGGCUCCGCGAUACUAGCAUGUCUGUCUUUCCUGGAGCAUCAGCGCGCGGUGCGCACCUCGUCCAUCUUGGUCCUCUACCUCCUGUCGACUAUCCCCAUGGAUGCCGCUCGCGCUCGAACCCUUUGGCGAAUGCUAGAUGGACGAGACCCGGCCAUUGCUGUUAUGGUGCUGGCAAGUACCAAGGUUUGCGCCCUGGUCACUGAGAUGCUGUGGAAAUGUUCGUUGGUAAACAGACAUGAACUAUGCGACGCACCAGAGGAGAGCAAUGGUAUCAUUGAACGAGCGCUUAUGCUGCGAAUGAUGCCGAUCUUCUGGGCUGGGUACCGCACGCCGCUACAAACUGAACAUCUUUCCAAGCUUGACACCAAAUUGCAGAAUGCCCAAUUGAGGCCGACCGAAAAAGGCAUGUUCCCACGAAGCACGAACCAAGCGCCGAUCAAGCUUGCAAAAGAGAUCUUCUUCUCUCACAUUAUCGAGUUUCUGGCACCCAUAUUCCCCCGACUCUGCUACCUCGCCUUGACCUUUGCCCAACCAUUCCUCGUCCGUCGAGCGAUCGACUACAUUUCGAAACCAAAGACCGACGGCUCAAAGGAGAGAGGUGAUGGACUCAUUGCAGCAUAUGCUCUUGUCUACUAUGGCAUUGCGUUCGUCUCUUCACUGUACGAGCAAAGUGCUGUUAGAGCCACUACCGUUGUCCGCGCCGACUUGUCUAUGCGAAUCUACCAGCAGUCACUCCUUCUGGAUCGCGUCGUGGACACAGGAGAUUCAAGUACAACAAUGAUGACUGCUGAUGUUGAGCGUGUACAGCUCGGAGUCCGCAAGAUACACGAUGCUUGGGCGAGCUUUGUGUCUGUUGCAAUUGGACUCUGGUUGAUUGAAGCACAGCUAGGCCUUGCAGCAUUAGCCACUUUGGGGCUAAUAGGAGGUAAGUCAUUUCGCCACGGUCAUGGCAUUGUUAUAUUCCAGAAGAACUGGAUGGCGGCCAUUGAGAAGCGUCUUCACAAGACAGUCCAAGUUUUGAAGGGUAUCAAGAGUAUCAAGCAGAUGGGCGCGGCGCCAGCGAUAAAGACCAUGCUUGAAGAUGAGAGACAAUCGGAGAUCAAGCUAUCAAAGAGAUUCAGACUGCAGCUUAUUGCACUGGUGACCUUGUCCUUCACCUCUCUUACCAUGCUCCCUGCCCUGGGUCUCAGUGUACACAACGCCGUAGCGGACAAGUCAUCAGGACGAAUCCUGACCGCUCAAACAGCCUUCCAGGUCAUGACCCUCUUCAACAUCGUCAGCUCAAGCAUACAAGACUGCACAUCCCACGUAAUGGCCAUUAUGGUAGGCCUCGGCUCACUGCAACGUAUUGAGAGCUUCCUCAACCAGCAUACCUGGACAGAUCCUCGAAAAUCGAUCAGAGAUGCUAGCAUCAGUACGGAUGAGAGCUCUGUUGGUGGUACAAGCGAGAAGAAGGUCCUCACUGGCGUGGCUGUCAAGAUACAGAACGUCAGCGCGAAGUGGACUGAAGACGGUGAAGCGGUUAUUAAGGACGCUACAUUUGAUGUGCCAGCUCAUGGAUUGACUGUAAUUGCUGGACCGACAGGUAGUGGAAAGUCGACACUGCUACGUGUCGUACUUGGUGAUCUUGCGCCGUCCUCUGGAACCGUGUCGGUUGACGACUCACAAGUUGCUUUCUGUGACCAGACUCCGUGGAUCGCUAACAUCAGUAUCAAAGAGAACAUCGUCGGCGCUUUGCCUUUAUAUGAAGAGCGAUAUCGAAUGGCGCUUCAUGCAUGCGCGCUUGAUCAGGAUAUCGAGGAUCUUACGGAUGGGGAUAAGCAUUUGUGUGGAUUGAAUGGACAGUCUGUCAGUGGAGGACAGAAAGUUCGCAUUGCUCUAGCGCGUGCCAUCUACUCCAAGGCUACCCUUGUUCUUCUUGACGAUUGUCUGGUAGGUCUUGACACCAACACUGAGCGCCACAUCCUCGGUGAGAUCUUCGCACCCCGAGGUCUUCUCAGCAGUGCUCCCACCACGACUAUACUCGCCACAAGUUCACCGAGAUACCUUCCAUUCGCCAACUACAUCAUCCUCAUUGACGCCGACGGUCGUGUUGUUCGGCAAGGCACAUACGCUGAGAUCGCACCACAUAUUGAACAGCUCGAACAUGACGUGCUACAAGUAUCAGAUCGUGCCUCUACUGCACGAGAACCUAGAGCCCAAGACUCUGACGAACUACCCAACACUGCAAUCACAAAUGACAUCGCCUUCAAGAAAGGCGCCAAUGGUGACUGGGCUGUGUAUAAGUGGUACUUUGGAAUCAUCGGCUGGAUGGAUUUUAUCGUCUUUCUGUUUCUCUGCUUGCUAUUCGUGAUAGGCGUCAUAUUUCCACAAAUCUGGCUUGGACUCUGGACGGAGAAGAGUCUCCAGGACCAAAUCGAUACACUCCCGUCAUUCUAUGGCGUUUUCUUUGGAGUUGGCUCGAUGGCCUGGGUAGCUCUCUUUUCAGCAUGUGUCUGGCUCUUCCUACGCAUCGCAGUUCGGACUGCAGCUUUGUUUCACCAUCUUAUUCUUGCCACAACACUAAAUGCCAGAAUGGAUUUCUUCUCGCAGACGGACAGUGGAGUCACGUUAAACAGAUUUAGCCAGGACCUGCAGAUCACCGACAUGGAGCUACCACUAGCUUUCGUUGGCGCCACGAUGAACUUGCUGAUGCUUAUCGCGCAGUGCAUCGUUGUCACCAUCCAAUCUCACUACGCUGGCUUUGCAAUUUUGGCAAUUGCUGUUGUAAUUGGAUUCUUUCAUGAGUUUUAUCUUCGAACAUCUCGAAGACUUCGUGUCAUGGAUAUCGAGGCAAGGUCACCUGUCUUGUCCCUUCUUCUUGAGUCUCUUGAUGGACUCGCUACCGUUCGUGCAUAUGGUUGGGCAGCAUGGUACUUACGAAGAGGAAUCGAGGUUCUCGAGCGAUCACAAGUGCCUUUCCACUUCUUACAGUCUGCACAAGUUACACUCAACCUCUCAGUAGACCUGUUCGUGGCGACUCUGGCUCUUGUGGUCAUAUCCAUCGCUGUUGUCCAGAUGAACACCAGUGGCGGUAGUCUUGGCCUCGCGCUGUUUAACAUCGUGGGUCUUGGGCAAUCAGUCAAGGGUGUUGUAUUCUUCUGGACUUCACUUGAGAUCACACUUGGUGCAGUAGCUCGUAUCAGGGACUUUACUCAAGAUACGCACUCGGAACAUGAGUCGGAUACGAAGCCUCCGGCGGAGUGGCCGUCGAGAGGAGAGAUUCACUUCAGCGAUGUUACGCUCACUCAUUCAACCUCGUUGCCACCAACUAUCUCGAAUCUUACACUGGAUAUCAAGCCAGGCUCCAAGAUGGCUAUUUGCGGCCGGACGGGAAGCGGAAAGAGCACGCUGGUCAAUUCAUUGCUUGGCCUGGUACAGGUGUCUUCAGGUCUCAUCAGUAUUGACGAUGUUGACAUCUCAACCCUGGCCAAGGAUGAAGUGCGGUCUCGCUUCGUCGUUCUUCCGCAAGAGUCACUCAUUUUCUCGGUGAGUAUACGAGAGUAUGCCAAGCUCUUCGGCAUUUCAGACGAGCAAGAGAUCAUCCAAGGCCUAAAGAAGACUGGCCUCUGGCAGACUAUUGAGCAAGGAGGCGGUCUAGAUAUGAUCGCUUCAAGCGACACCUUCUCCCACGGAGAGCGCCAGCUGUUCGCCAUGACAUUAGCUUGCCUCAAGAAGGAAAAGAUUGUCUUGAUGGAUGAACCAACCAGCCACGUCGACAAUGAUAUCCAGACUCAACUGCGCCAGACAGUAUUUGACACGUUCCCUGAUAGCACUGUCCUUUGUGUCACACAUCAGGUUGCAACGAUCGUUGAAUUUGAUAUAGUUCUAGUACUAGAUGAUGGCAAGAUUGUUGAGCAAGGUGACCCCAAGGAACUACUGCGUCAGCCAACCUCUCGCUUCGCACAGCUGUACUCAGCUGGUGAGCUUUGACCUCGAGGAUAAGAUUAUGCAAUGCAUGCUGCCCGCACCGUUGUCAUCAUGACACCUGACUUCGAGUGUGCCGAGCAGUCAGCUAUAAUUAGAUUUCU